AUGGAAACGCAACCUAUGAAAGGGUUGACAUUAGCAGACAGUGGGGGGAGCAGUACAGACCUCACAAAUAGUGAUAGUGGCCCUAGUAACUCCAAACGCAAGAGGUCUAGCUCCGAUUCGGUACUCGUGGGCGUAAAACACCGCCGCACAACGAGCUGGGAGCAGUCUCCGAUGCCCAGCGGGUCAAGUCCAGCGAAAAGUAUUGUAAAAGCAAAAUCUCCUCUUCACAUAAUGGAGACGGGGUACACCCAUGUGAACUUGAAACGCAAAAGGUCUACAUCAGAACCAGCGGUUUCCAGCCUAAAACGUCGCAAAGUAGCAAGCAGCGAUCAGCCUGUAACGUGGAAUAGUCGAGCUCCCGUUAGGAGUAGCAGUGAACAAGAUGGUUCCAAUACAGCAGAUAGCGAGCGUCGAGUUACGGACUCAGGUCAAGCCCAAAGCAUUGACGGGACAGAUACUCCAGUGAUACCAUCUAUGAGAGAUCACAAUCGAAAAUCGAAGCGCUUAGUAGCAUCCACGCAGGUCAAGCGAUGUCUUCUAACGCAAGAACUCUCCUCAGAAGCUUCAGUGUCAUCAUGCUAUCUAUUGAAUCAACGCUUGUGGAAUAGUGAGCUGUUAACGCGUCUGGAAUGGUGGUGGGGGAUGGAAUCCAAUUCACUCGAUCCGAGGACGGAAUCGAACAAGAUCUACCUACGGCGCGACUGGUUGAAGUCGUUUGAUAGUGAACGAUGGUUACUUGUUCCCUCUCCCGAAAUGAUCGAGAAAUUUAGGACCCUUUACGAUAAAUUCCUCUUCGGUCCAAGAGAUGGUUCAGAUCAAACUCUGAUUGAUACGAUGUACGACGGGGCCGAAACUUUUGAAUAUCGAAUGCUGCCAUUGGACGACGAACUUCGAUCGUUCAAUCGAAUUGAUUAUCCAGACUCACCUAGUGAAACAAGCUUUCCGGGCAUCAGAACUGCUGUCGAACCGCGAAGGACUCGCCACUUUUAUCCGUUCCACACCUUGCCAACUCUCGUUUCUCGUGCCAAACCUCACUUCGUCAUCUGCGACACUGCUGCGAAGUUGUAUCAACGAAAUACUUUUGGGGUUGAAAUCAGAAAUAGAUUGAAGUCGGUUUGGCAAGGGCACGAUUUCGAUCCCUCUUCCAUGAUCUUCUUUAUAACAGAGACCUAUGGCAUGUGGUUCACGCGUGAGGUACCCGCCCAUGUUAUCUCCAAUCCCCGUGUCCUCGUCCCUAUCCCGCCUCUCCAUCCUUACUUAGAUGGCGCCAAGAGGCAUUGCCCCUCUGGUACAUCUUGUAGCGGGCCAUGCGUUCGCAACCGAUUUGCAUGGAUGCCUACUUGUUGUGCACACUGUCGAGGGAAGAAGAGCAUCUCUUCUGGCAACCCAAACUCGCUCCACUCUAAUAGCAAUGAGGAUUCUGACACCGGCCAUCAAUCUGAUCGGAUGGCCCAAUACCGAGCAUACCUUAGACGUGUCGCUCAUCGUAUCCGCUCCUGGCAAUCGUGUUGUAUGCAGCAGGUGACGAAGCGAGGGAGAUCGACAUCCCGCGUAGUCAAUGAUAAGCAGCUGGGGGGUUAUUCUAAAAAAGUGGGCCGGACUCUUACAAGAACUGUAUGCGUGGACACCAAUUAUAAAACCACCACGCCUGAUUCCUGA